CAAACAAUGAGAUCAAUUUUAUUUUUACAACCUCUUCAACAGCUUUCCUUUCAGCCAAUUGCUAAUAUUUAAUUUUUUCGAAAUAACCGGAGAUAAGUGUAGCUCGUGAUGAUAAAGCUAGAUAAUGUCGUCGUAAUAUACUCUGGUCACCACCGUAUUCUAACCACCACUUCGUUCUAAUCGUUUCGGACGAUCUGACAGUUCAAAAUUUCAGCACGCUUUGACUUCACAAAUUAUAAAUUAUCGCCCGAUCUACCGAUGCCCAUUCACAUUUUGAUGUAAGGCCACACAGACUUAGUGACAUCUCUAUGUUCUUCUGAAUAAAAUAAAAACAGUGUGAAACAAGUGAGAAUACAUGGAGAGUAUCGGAAUCGUUAGUGGCAGACCAACGCCACAAGAAACUAAAAAAUUAUGGCAAUACUUCGCAGCGAUUUCUGCUUCUUUGUUGGCCUUGGCUGCUGGCAGUGUGUUGGCCUGGACUUCGCCAAUUUUACCGCAACUGAAGGAUCCGAAUGGUUGGCUUUUCGUGAACAACGAACAAGGGUCCUGGAUUGGUGGCCUAUUGUCGAUUGGUGCUAUAGUAGGGGCUGUGCCAGCGGGUACACUAGCUGACAAACUUGGCCGUAAAAAAACGAUUUUGGCAGCAGCAGUCCCUUACCUUCUAUCAUGGAUAAUUAUCAUAUUUGCAAGAAGCGUGGCUCUUCUAUGCCUGGCAAGAACUUUAGCCGGGAUUAGUGUGGGGCUAACUUGUGUUGUGGUCCCCAUGUACAUUGCCGAAUUCGCAGAGCCCUCGAUAAGAGGAGUGCUGGGUUCUAUCUUUCAACUCUUCAUAUCCGCGGGUGUUCUAUAUGGGUUCGUUUUCGGCACGUUUUUAAAUUACACCUGGUUUGCCAUUAUAUGCGCCCAAAUCGACGUCGUUUUUCUUGCUACCUAUAUUUGGAUGCCUGAGUCUCCACAAUGGUUAAUGGGUCAGGGGAGGAAAUCAGAAGCUUCGAGAGCGUUGAGCGUCUUCAGGGGGCAAGAAUACGAUGUGAAUGAAGAGUUGGCUACUAUGCAAAAAAGUGCGGAGGAGGCAGCCUUGCGAAACUCUUCAGUGCUGGAGCUCAUCAAGACACGUGGAGCUCGCACCGCUCUCUUUGCCGGUCUGGGAAUGCUGGCCUACCAACAACUAACGGGAAUUAACGCUGUCAUUUUUUAUACCGAAGAAAUCUUUGCAGCAGCUGGAAGUUCCCUGAACGCUGACGUAGCUUCUAUUAUUGUCGCCUUAGUACAGACGUUAAUGUCAUGUGUGGCGGCUAUUAUAGUUGACAGAGUUGGAAGACGAGUCCUAUUGAUAUCGUCGUCAUCUAUCUUGGCACUGUGCCUGUUCCUGCUUGGUCUAUAUUUCAAGUUAGAUCUAAGCGACAUGGGGUGGCUUCCACUUGUGUCGUUGACUACAUUCAUGAUCGCAUUUGCACUAGGUUAUGGUCCUAUUCCAUGGAUGAUGAUGGGGGAAUUAUUUCCACCGGAAACGAAAGGCACCGCGUCUGUUAUAGCGGUGAUGGUAAAUUGGAGUACUUCAUUCCUUGUGACAAAAUUCUUUUCGCCUUUGAAAGCCACCUUUGGUGAAGGUGUGACCUUUUGGAUAUUCACCGCAAUGAUGGUAUCAGCCACUCUUUUCGGAUUCUUUAUUGUUCCCGAAACAAGCGGAAAGAGCCUUCAGCAGAUACAGGAUGAACUCAACGGUAAAAACAAUGGUCAAACGAGAAACGGUGGAGCUGCUUAAUAAGAGAAAUUAUGAAAUUCAACCGAUCAAUUGAUAGUUAAAACGGCAGUAAGCGAUGGUUUGAAUUCAGAGGUUUGAUCUCAAUCGACUCGCGAUUUUGUCGAUGCCUAUAUAUGAUUUAAGCCUCCGAUAAUGUGGAAUUAAUAUGAGUCUUGCAGUGGCGUAUGAGAGAUCAAUGAUUUUUGCAAUGCAAAAUUUCGUUUUGUCCUCUUGUGCAGACCCGGCUUUUCAGUAACAAUCUGAACUUUGUUUUUUGCUUUAAAAAUCUGCAUAUCUACGUAGCACUAGCAAUCUUUUAUUUUUAUUCCAAUAUUGCAUAACUUUCUACGACAUUGAACAAAAUUUAAUGAUAUUGAAUCUAAAAUUUCAAUUACCAAAAUCCUUGAGUUUGUGGAAAAACUGAUCUUUAGAUUGUACGACUAGUACAGUAGGGUACAUCGCUUGAAGGGAUACAUACACCCUCGAAAAAAAAUUUCAAAGAGCCAUUAUGUGAUAAUGGAAUAUUUGAUCUAUUCGAUUUUAUUACUGCAAAUUACUAGUAUUUAACAGUACAAUGUCUUGUAGUUUGAGAUUCAUGCAAUUCCAUCUUACGUAGCUCGAGUCAACAGAAGAAAAAUGGUUGUCGUAAGGUACAGGUCACAUCAUUCACCAAAAAUUUUUCUUGUUAGGACAGAAUUCUACAAACUGAUGAAGUUUCAAUACAAAGUAAUAAUAUCUAAAAAUAUGAUCUGGGUUUUAUAGUUUUCAGUGCAAAAUACAUUCUGAUGAAUUUUUCCCAAAACUUGCUAGGAGAAUAUGAAUAAUAUGUUAAAAAAUUGGAAUGUUUGCAUAUUUUCAGUUCAUGCCAAAAAAACUGCUUGUAAAUUAUUCACGUUAAAUUUCACAAGGUUUCGGUGACGUUGUAACCUUCACCCUAUGACUACCACAAUUCAUAA